AAGAAUUUGUUAUGUUGUUUGAAAAAGAUGGGGUUUUUCUACUUGCUUAAAGUUGAAAGCUUUUUAUGUAUUUGUUUCUUGGUGGGAAGAAAGGUCACUAGAUGUUGGUUUAGUUAAGUGUGGGGUGGUUUGUGGAAGCUCAGAAGCAAGAAUUUGUUGUAUAAAAUAAAAUUUGUGCACUUCUAUUCUGUCAUCCUCCUGCGCGAUUAUACCCGAGAAACUGCCAGCAGAAAUCUAAGACAGACGCUGGAUGAUCUCACACGUAAUGGUUUCUCUGUGGAAUAUCCCGUUCAGCGAAGGGGUAUUGCAUUAUCUCUGUUUAUGAGACUAUGAAGACUUGCUUUCCGGAGGAUGGCCUAACUGAAGAAGCCGUAGUCACCAAACUUCGUACUUUUUUUUUUUGAGAAUUGAGGUAUGCUGAGUUUCACAUGUUCAAUUCCUGAUUUUACUUGUAUUUCAUCUGCAAAGAGUCGAUUUCACCUGAGCUACCAUUUUGGCUGCGACUAAACCAUUGGGAGAAACCCCUCGAACAUCCAUGUGAGUACGAACUUGUUGGCCAAGUUUAACAAAAUUCUUGCCAAUCAAGAACUGGAAUAUGGAUGCGCAAGUAGAUGGCGGAAAUGAGUUUUGGUACAAUGGUUGCAAAAUGAUUUUCAACAUCAUUCAACAAAGGAAAAUUCAAAGAAUCAAUUCAAUAUUCCUUUGCAUUUUCUAUUUCAAAUAUACUAACACUCUGAACAAAACCAGCAUCAGUAUUUCCGAUUCCAGAUGCAAAUUAUCAAGUGCCGCAUGAAGCUUUAGUAAGACUCUAAGGGAUCGUUUGGUUACUGGAUAAGGAUUAAGUUAUUCAAGUAUUAAAUAUUGCAUAAGCUUUACCAUGUUUGGUAGCAUAUUUUUGUUAAAUUAUAAAAUUCAACACACACAAUACUAUGUUUGGUUAUAAAAUUAGAAAAUCACAUAACUAAUACAUGUUUAAGUUAUGAGUCAAUCUAUGUAUUAUUUUAUGCAGGGUAAAAGAUGGAAUAAGUUAUACCUGAAUAACUAAUACCUGAAUAAAAAUAUGUAUUGACAAUUUUACCCUUCACUCUCAAUCAAUAUACACCACAGGCUUUUAGAUAAACAUUCCCAUCCUUUAUCCAUCUGUAAAUCUAGAGAAUGGUUCUUCAUCUUCCAGGCAAGUAGAUUGAAAAACUUUCAAUCUGACGUUCUUUCUUUGAGGUUAGAAGUUCUCAAACUCAAAUUUUGGCUGAUUUUUUUAUUUGUUCUUCUUCUUCUCCUCCAAUUUUCUCUUUUGUGUUUUUCCUCUUGUUAAUCCAAUGAGAUGAAUGAAAUUGUAGAUCUUCUCAGUAUUUUCUAGUUAAGUUGAUGUUUGAGUACACCUAAAUUUGAUGUGGGUUUUGUUUUAUUUGUUCAAAAUUUGUGAUUUAUGAACAAAUGGGUUCAUUAAGUUUAGUUGCUUUAGCUUCUAAAAUUGCAAAAGAUAAAUAUGUAUUUGCAGUUUGACAAAAUAGUAUUAGUAUUCUAGCUUUAGAAGCCAAACAAAAAUAAACAUUUUACCCUGUUUUUCAUGUUACUUAGCCUGUGAUAUCACCAAUUUGUGUAAAGGUAACUGAAUAAGUUGCUUGUUGGUUCACCUUGGUGAAAACAAGUGUGGUUGGCUUGACAACUAUGUGGACUCUUCGAAUUUGAGUGAUGUUAACGAUAUAAGUUGAGCUUGCAUCACCAACAUUUGUAACCGUUCUUGUAUAAGUUUGCGAUUGUGGUCCUAGUAUAAUAGAGAAAGAAGGAUAGUUUAGUUCUGCCUCAAGUAUGGCUGAUUGUUGUGAACAUUUGAUAGUUUGUUGCAAUAUAAGUCCAAUUUGUUUUUUUCUUUUCAAUAAAAUUGAACAUUUUAGUAUAAAACCAUCUAUUACCUUCCUAUUAUACAAAAUGUGUCUGCAAUACUUAAUUAAGUAACAUGAUUGAUACUCUUUUUUCUUUUGGGAUUCAAUUUGAUCAUGAUGUUGUCAUUUUUAAUUGGAAAAUAGGUAUAAAUGGAUUCUCAGCAAUUGUGCGAUGUUGAAUCCUUUAUGAUUCUCGAGGAGAUUGUGAUGCAUUCCUAUAUUGUCCUUAUCUGCUUUUUUAUGGCUAUUUACAGCAUGUUAUUAAGAAAACAAUCUACAAAUACGCGGGGCAUUCGAUAUUGUAUGAGUGCUAGAAUUCCAAAAAUCUUGUCUCAUCUGAAUGUUCUCAUUCGUGACAAUGAUAUUGUAUGUAUUGACAAGCUUAGGAUGGAUAGAAACGCCUUUCACAUAUUAGCCUCAUUAGCCAAGAAUAUUGGAGGUUUGACUGACAGUAAAAAUAUGUCGAGUACUGAAAAGUUAGCAAUGUUUUUAAAUAUUUUGGCUCAUCAUGAAAAGAACAGGUCUAUCAAAGUUGAUUAUAUUAGAUCGGGGUGGAGUGUAAGUCGAGCCUUUAAUGAAUGUCUAAGAGCUAUUCUUAAACUAACUCCAGUGUUACUUGUUAAACCUAAUCCGGUGCUCGAAGAUGAUAGUGAUGAUCGAUGGAAAUGGUUUAAGGGUUGUCUUGGUGCAUUGGAUGGUACUUACAUUUCCAUUAGAGUUGAAGCAAUAUAUAAACCAAGAUACAGAACACGAAAAGGAGAUAUAGCAACUAAUGUCUUGGGGGUUUGUGAUAGAAAUCUCAACUUUAUUUAUGUAUUACCUGGUUGGGAGGGAUCAGCCGCUGAUGGUCGUGUAUUGCGAGAUGCUGUUGUACGAAGAAAUGGGUUGAAAGUACCUCAUGGCAAUUACUAUUUGUGCGACGGAGGAUAUACAAAUGGAAAUGGUUUUCUGUCUCCCUAUCGAGGAUAUAGAUAUUGGCUAAAGGAUUGGCAAGGUGACAAUCCAUCACCUCGAUGUCGAGAAGAGCUCUUUAAUAUGAAGCAUGCUAGGGCACGUAAUGUUAUUGAAAGAACAUUUGGACUAUUAAAAGGACGUUGGGGAAUUCUUAGAAGUCCUUCGUGGUACUCAGUUAAGGUUCACAAUAGAAUUAUUAGUGCAUGUUGUUUGAUACACAAUUUCAUUCGAAGAGAGAUGGAAGCUGACCCCUUAGAUGUGGAAAUGGAUUUCCACAUGGAGAAUCAACAUGAACAUGAAAAUAUUAAUACAAUUGAAACAUCUGAUGAGUGGACCACUUGGAGGGAUGAACUAGCUCAGUCUAUGUAAAAUGAACGAUUGGGAAAUCAAUCUUUAUAAUUUUAAACUAUGUGUUAACUUUUGGUGUGCUUAUGCACUUUUGCUUUUGGUUUUCCAUUCACUGUAAAAUGUAAUACCGUCUAUUAUUUUGUGAAGACGAAUGGUCAAUCUUUUGUAUGUCUCACAUUGUUAUUUGUACAAACAAACAGUGAAUCUCAAUGUAUAUCUAUUAUUUUAUAAUAUAAGCAGUGAAAUUCUCUUUAUCUCUUCA